AUGGGCAAGUGGCUCAAGAUCAAGGAUGAGACAGGGAUACCCAAAGAAGAUUUAGAAAAGCUCCAUGCGCUUGAAUCCAACAUUGAAGAGCUUAAUCAAGCUGUCAUCAAGCUGUUGUACAGUUCUACUGUGUCCACCAGGAAGAAGAAGCUAGAAUAUAUCAUCUGUUUCUUCCAGACACUAUUGAAUGUCCUGCAGCUGGAAAAGAUAUUCCCAAUGCGUUACACACUCAUUGACAGUGAUAACUUCCGUAACUCUCUGGAGGUCCGGGUAGACUGCAUGAAGAUCGUGGAUAUUCACAUGCAGAACUGCGCCCCCAUCAUGAUGAGCUUCUUUGAUGGGAUCACCAAUGUUGACAAUGACGAUGGCACGGCGCAGAUCAACGAGGUCUUUGACCAGUUUGGCCAGCUGCUCCAGACUUGCAAGGAUCUGGAUGAUGUCUUCAAUGAAGUACACUCCAAGUAUCAGUCCACACACACGGCCUACAAAACCAGCAUAGGUGAUCGAACCAUGUUCGACAAACUAAAGGAGUGCAUCUCAGAGAUCACCGAUAAGGCAGCAGCCGCGUACUUCUUGAGCCUCUCCGACCAGGGUAUGCCGACGGCAGUGACGGCGGAGGGACAGAGGUUGAUCCGGUGGACAGGCGGGGACACACACCAGCUCCUCCGCUCCAGCCGCGGCGUCCGGAUCAACGAGAGGGGAAUCCUGUUCAUCCGAGCCGACGGGAUCCGGACGGAGGGCCGCUUCUUCCCGAUCGGCUCGACCUUCAUCUCGGGGAACGUGUCAGGCGUGUCUCCCGAGAUCUACCCGAUUGCGGAGGUAGGAUGUAGCUCGGCGGGGACGGGAAGGAUCAUUGUCAACCCAGCGGGGGUCUACGACGUCUCCGUCUGCGACGCGAUCGGGGAGAGGCUGGAUGUGCUCUGGGAUGGGGAGCGCACCUACCACCGCAGGAUGGCCACCCCGACCUGGCUCUACGUCGUCAUCAGCCUCACCAGCAUCUACCUCGUCAGCUGCACCGCCCAGAACCUCUCCCAUCUGUUAUUCCAGGACCAACAGAAGACAACCACCCCGGUACACCCGGAAUCGUACCUCCGCUGGACCGCCCGCGCCGUGGAGGUCGGAGGGGUUGCUACCACCGUGGGACUCUCCGUGGGGUACACCCUCGCUGGAAGCGAGCUCGUCCUCAACGAGGAGAUCGCAUACGCCGUCGUCAUGAUCGUCUACAUCGCCAUACACUUCGCUGUACUCAGCUACAAGGUCCUGACCACAGACGUAAGGCACCGCGUCGCCCACUUCCUCACCUUCAACCUGAACACAGGGAUACUUCUCUUGCUCACCCAGAGCGUGUACAAGACCCUCGCGAAUCCAUACGUCGGGAUCCUCCUCGUCAUGCUCACCCUAAGAAGCUUCUAUAAACUCCUGGAGCUCCAGGUCGGGAGAUGGGCGGAGGGGAAGGAUGUCCGGAGCGACGAACUGGCGUGCGAGACCCUGCUGCUCCUCUUUGAUGCCACCGUCGUGGCCUUGACCCACUACGUCGGGUUUCGGAGGUCGUUCCUCUUCCCGUUCGAGGGGGAUGCGAGCUUCGUGGUGGUCUGUACCGGGGUGGUAUCAAUCAGUAGAUCAGGUUUGUGGGAAUUAUGUGGAUGCGCUGCUAAUUACUAUAGAAUCUCAGGACAGAACGCGUGCGGGGCAUGUACUACCUGUACUGGCGACAACUAUCAAACAGGGAUUUGUAUUAGUAUUUACCAAACUACGUGCGCUGCUUGUUAUCAAUGUAGUUCAAAUGAAUAUGAAACAACUGCCUGUAGAGCUAAUGGAGCUAGUACUAACCGUCAAUGUACUACUUGUCGGAGUGGAUGUGGUGCAGAUACAUAUCAAAGCAAAGACUGCCAAGAGGGCGCAGUAACUCAGAACCGCGUGUGUACCGAUUGUCGAGGAGCAUGUGAGACAGGGAAAUACCAAUUCAGAGACUGCCAAGAGGGUGGAGUAACGCAGAACCGUGUGUGUAAUGAUUGCCCUGUAUGUGAUACUGUGAGUGGGCUGGUUGUCGAAUACAGAUCGGGAUGCACGGGAACCAGCUCCGGGACAUGUACUGCUUGCACAUCAUGCAAUGGCUACCAGGAGGGAUAUGGAAACCAGUAUACCACCGGAUGUAGCGGCAUAAACGGGCCAGGGACCUGCGAUUGGUGCAUCAAUCGAGCACAAAAAUGUUCUGCUACGGAAUGGUUGAAAGACUGUGGUGGUUUUAACCCUGGGACCUGUACAUCCUGUACGACUGCCACGAACAAGUACUGUCCAGAAGGACAAUACAGAAAUCCAGACUACGUUUGUUCGAGAGGUUUGUCCGACAUCGAAUGCAUCGACUGCGCCUGUGCAAAUCCGAAUGAGGUGAAGAUAGGCUGUGGGGUAGAUGGCGCCGACACUUCACGUGCAUUCAGUGUGGGCACAUGUGUACCAUGCCCGGAGACAUGCCUCUCUAUGGGCGUUUACAACCAGUAUGUCCCCAAUUGUGGCACAUCACAGGUCUGCCAGCAAGGAAGCUCCUGCAGAAUAGCCAAUGACGGGGGUUAUAUCUACUCCACUGCAUACCACGUCUUUGAUACGGUAUGUGCACCCAAGACUGCCUCCAUGCUCUCGCAGCAGUAUCAAUCGGAUGGCAUGACCCCCACGAUGACCUGGAUCGAACACGAGUAUUGUAUGUCCCCCUUCGAACGCUACUGUACUGUGAACCGCAUCAUCAUGACCACGAUCGUGUCGGGCGGGUACGCCUUUGCACAGUGCGCCUGCCGUGCGGGGUACUACGUGAAGUACCAGAGCAAGGACGCAUUGACGGAAGAGGAGACGAACUGCCUGACGUAUCAAGGGGAGUUGCUGACCGCGUAUUACAUGUGUGCCCGCUGCCCCUCCCACACGUACUCCACGGACUACGACAUCGGGUGUAAGUUCUGCCCCCUCGGACAAGAGCCCAACCAACAGCAAACGGCGUGCAAAGACUGUCCACGUGGGACGAAGCUACAGCUCCUCCCGGACCAGGGCACCAACGUCGUGUAUGUCUGUGUCCCGUGUGAACCCGGCACGUACCAGGACGGUGCCCCGGAGAUUGACUACUGCAAGCCCUGUCCCUUUGACCAGUAUUCCGGCUACGGUGAGUCUUCCUGCCACUACUGCGACGGAGCGACGAACCACUCCAUCGACAGCGUCCACUGUGUACAGUCCUGCGGUGGCUUCUGCGAGUACUGGAACUCCGUCACCCCGUAUACCAAAUACAGCGGGGACAAGGUGUGCCCGGACCGGGAGCCUACCAGCACCUGUGUGGACUGCGGUUCACCUGUUUGCGCUGUCUUGAAGCAGAGCCCCACCCACACUGUCACGGACGAGUGCAAAUAUUGCGUUGCCUUGGGCUUCGAUAGCACCACGAAACAGGAUGUGGGGCAGGGCUUGCUCUUCGUGAACCAGUCGGAUGUGCCGGGCUUCAGCUACCUGUCGUGCGCAGCCCUCCCCUUCGAGGUGUGCAACACUGCAUUCCGCACGGAGCUGUCCAACGACCCGCAGUACGCCCUCUUCGGGAGGUACGACUGCCAGGGGUUCAGCCGCGGGGAGGGCAACCCGACUCCAAGGUACGGGAGCUGCUUCGACUGCUACUCGCUGGCCUCCACCUGCCUUGCCGGGGAGUACGUGGCAUCGUGCCAGUGCAGCGACACAUCCGCAGGGACCCAGGCGGCCUGCACCCCCCAGCAGCACUGCCAGACAUGCUUCCCUGUCGUCUCUCCCAAUGCCGUCAUCUACAAAGCCACGGAGAGGCUGUCCUGCCAGGUCACCUGCCAGCAGGGUUACACCGGCAUAUCUCUCGAACAAGUCUGCACGGAGCCCUGCGGGGACGCACCGACCUGCAGCGGGGUAACGUUCCCCAUUCCCUGCUCCCCACCGCGGAAGGCGUACUGCGAGGAGUGCAUCAACACACACACGAACAUCGACGGGAUCAUCGUGGGCGCGGGGGCGUAUUCCAUGGAAACCAACUGGAUUGACAAGGUUUCAAACUCCCGGAUCGGCAGCUUUGAGAACCUCAUGAUCCUCAAGCGGGCGGUGGCCUACGAAAACACCCUGUGCGUCAGGGGAACCAAGUUGUCGGGCAGAUCAACGGAUCCGCAGGUGUUCCUCUUCCCCACCCGCUGCUACUGGGACGGGGACCUGACUUGGCAGGACAACCUCCAGCUCCUACCCUUGGAGAACCGCUUCGUCCAACCGGGCACCCCGCAGUGGGAGACGGACGCGGUCGCGUACGCCAUACCGCAGAACAACAACCAAAUGGGCGACACGGUCCUCUUCUUAAAGCUAUUCGCAGGUACAAAGACGCUGAGGAUAGGCGCAUUAGACCUGUCUUCCGCAGAUGGAAAGAUCAAUGGUUGGGUCGUGUCUUUCCACUACAAGACGACGCAGAACGCAGAAGCACGGAUCACACUCGGUAAUUCCCUGACUAUCACCCUUCAAUCGCAGGCAAUAUGGGACAUCGCCAUCCUCACCGGCUUCGAUUACUACUCAUCUUCCGCGGUGCUAUCGGUGGGUUUCACCCCCAUCGUCUGGACGGACCUCUACCUCGACGAGUUCAGCGUGGUCCCCAACUUCCUGUACGGCGCCCCCACCUGCAAUACAGCAGACGGCAUCGAACUGUGUUCCGGUGCACAGCUCAAUUUCCCGCACGAGGCCAACCUCCAGGAAAUCUACGGCGAAGGCACACUCCCCGCCACCCUCCCCUUCGGGGUCCGGCAGUUCCACCUCGUCUUCACCCAUGCGGCUAUAGCCGGCAGCCUCUCCGUGUGGAUGGAGGUCAAUGACGAGAAGGUCCCGAUCUGCACCAAGGACCUCUCUAGCAGCGUGUCGCUCCGGCACAUCUGCACGCUCCCGGUGUACCUGAGCUGGCGGGGGACAGCGAAGUACCCCCUCGUCACGGAAGGCCCACCCGGCCUAGGGACAGGAAGCCUGCACCUCACCCUCCACCCGAUGGCGUGCUCCUACCGCUGCCUCUUCAGUGAAUACUUCUUCACAAACGACCGCUGCGUGCGCUGCAACACCACCUGCCUUCCCGGCUCGGCCUUCCAAGGCUGCAACCCGGACGGGACCCCGAUAUGCGUGACCUGCGCGGAGGCCCUUCCCGCCUUCGCCAGCUGGCUCCCCAAUGUGUGCGAGUACGAGUGCUUCCAAGGGUACUACGCGGCCAACUCCAGCGCGUGCCUGGCAUGCCCCACGUCGUCCUGCACCGUGGGCCAGCACCGGGCGGAGUGUCAGGCAGUCGUCGGAGCUCCCUGUCAAGAGUGCACAACCAAAAGGUCUACGAUCGCAGCUUACGAAACGUUUGAAGAGUUCAUCACGCCCGGUAUACCCUUCGACUCGGAUAACUGCAUCACGCAGUGCGCGCAGGGCUCCUACCGCCGGGAGCCCAACUGCCUGCCGUGCCGUACCCUUCCAUUCGCGGGAUGGGAGCUGCGAAACUCCACCCCACAUCGUACACUAUCGUGCACGCAAGUCCAGAACGCGCUGGCCGUCGCCUGCGUGGGGCUGCAGCACGGGAGAUACACGGGGUAUGCCACCGGGAUGGAUGAGGAUUGCCCAGUCGUGUGCGACGCGGGGUACUACCCGGCAACUUCCGAGGUGGCCUUUACGCUGCCGUUCUGGGAGGCUAAAACAAGGGCAGACAAUAGGACGUUUUCAGAGAGGCGCUUCAACCUAACCGUCUGCAACCCCUGCAUGGAAACGGCUUUAUCAAACGGUGCCUACACUGCGGGCUGCUCCUACGUUUGCGAUGUAAAUUACGUCAAGAGCCCCACUGCCUCGAAGCCACAGAACUGCAUCUACUGCCCUGGGAAGGCUUGCCUUCCAGGUGAGUACCAGUCCGGAUGCCACCUGCAAGCCACCUGCCUCCCCUGUACUUCCUUGGCAGACCCCCACAGGGAGUAUACCGCGGAGGGUCUCUUCGAAGAUUCGGACUCCUGCCCCAACCAGUGCUCCACCUCGUACUGGUCACCUUCAGCGCUCACCAAUUGCACAGCCUGCACCCCCGAAGCCUCUCUCUCAUGCAACCUCUCUUCCAACUACAUCCAGACCUGCACUCCCACCUCAGACGCUUCUUGCAGGCCCUGUUCGGUAUCCUGUGACCCUGGAUACUUCACCGCCGCCCCUUGCUCCGACUAUGCGGACCGCGUCUGCGACCGGUGCCUGAACCCGCUCCCCCAGCACGCCAGAUUCCUAGCGGAGUGCAUCGUGGAAUGCAUACCAGACUAUGUCAGGCACAACGCAAGUUACUGCGGCUUCUGCGACCCUAGGAGGGUGUGCGGGGUGGGUACCUACUUCGACGACUGCAAGGCCAGCAAUUCCUAUGAAGGAUGCUCCCUGUGCCGCAACGGCCUCGAGCAGAACCACAGCGUCCUGUACCUUACCUCUGGUGAACCCUACCAGCCCUACUCCUGCACCUGGAGGUGCGCGGUGGGGACGGUGCUCGGGAGGAACGCCACGGGGGGGCUGGCCUGCGUCACCCGCGCCAGCGACAUCAUCCCAACCCCGGCACCGCUCCAGACGCCGCCCUCCUCGUGCCCCCCGGGGCAGUACCUCAGCCCGCAGCUCCUCUGCGAGCCCUGCACCAACGCCAUCCCUCCGCAGUACGCCAUCUGGACCUCCGGCUGCACGUGGAUAUGCACACCGGGGAGGAUCGCGGUGCAGGACCCCAUCCAGCAGCGCUUCACCUGCAUGGUCUACGCCGACUACCUCGACAUCGUGCUCAACACCCGCCGCGUGCUGAUCCAGAACCCCUUCAACGACACCUACCGCCCCCACGUGAUGGGCUACAGCCGGGAAGCGACGGGGCUCGCGGCGGCGGGGUUUGCCUGCCUCGUUGGCUUCGUCGGCAUGGCCCUCGAAGGCAUGAAGAUGAAGUACGAGGCGGUGGUCACCAAGAAGAACCUCCGGAGGCUCUGGACAGAGGUGGCCUUCGGGGAGCUGCUCGUCUUGACACAGCUGGCGGCGGCGGCCUUUGUCAUGCAGUACAGCGUCUUCUUCUACCUCAUGUUCAGCAAGGGGGGGAUCCGGAACUUCGACGCCCCGUACUGCCAGUCGCUCUUCUACAUCAGCGACAAGCUCGCGGUGGACAAGGGCACGGCGAGCCUCAUGGUCAUCAGCGGCAUUUUGUCCUGGGUAGUGCUCGGCAUCAUCAGCAGCCGCAACCACCUCCUCCUGAACCGCGGGGUGGUCACAUGGCUGGCCCUCCUCGGCUACGCAAGCACCAUCGCAGUUGUGCUCUACGACAACAUUUCUGACCACGGAGACGUGCACCUCCUUGGGGCAGGGGUCCUGGCAUUGACCUACAUCUGGGCGCAGCUCAACUACAGCCUGUCGGUAUUCGAGUAUGGGAGCAUAUCGAAAUUCACCGCCUACGCCACCGCGGCGUUGACCUGCCUCUGCAUUGUCUUCUUCGCCGCCUUUGGGAUCGUCUACAUCGCCUUCAACAACAUGGCAGACCCCUGUAUGAGCAACGUGAUUAUACUCGAGUAUAUCGUCUACCUCCUCAUCUCACUCAACAACAUCGUCAUCUACACCGAUUUCACCGCGGCGCACGCGUACGUGAAACUAUGCCCAAAGCAGUACGCACACAUAGUGGAGUACGUCGUGAAGGACCAGGAUAUUCCCACGGGGAAGCCUGUGAUGGGAGGGAAAGGCAUGGCAAGGCAUGUCUGA